CGAACAGACGGAAGAAGAAUGGUGUGCGUGGUCCGGAGGGCUCUGGAGUGUUGUGGUCUUCUGUGGUGUGCUGAGCAAAGACAGCUUGCCGACAUACGCCUUGGUGCAUUGUGCCUCGUGUUUGCUCUCCAGCUGCUCCACUUAUAGGCUACAAGGGCGUGUCUGUUUAUCACGCUGACGCACGCUGACACAGUGUUUGAAGGAGAAGAAGGACACACACCAUGAGCAGGCACACGUCGCACCUGUCAGAGAUGACGCCGUCGGCGCUGAACAAGACGGCGUUCCCGCAGAACACGCGCAAGAGACUCUUGCAUUCCCCGAACUCGCCAAACGACGACGACAACAACAACAACAACAAGACCGGCAGCAGCAGCAGCUCCAGCAAGCCGGGCAGCACAGACAGCGGUCAUCAGCACGGGCAUGCGCACGAAGACGGCAAGGUGUCGCUGCGAAAUAAAAGCAAAAUCAAGACCAUGAACAAGAGCGUGAUCGCAAACAAGAUAAAGAACAGAAUGCUUCUGAUAGCCAGUCCGAUGGAGCCCGCUGGGGCAACGGGUGGCGCCGGCGCCAGCGCCAGCGCCUUCGCCGACGACUACGUAGACAGCGACUUCGAGUACGACAGCGACUUCGACGACGGCAACAGCAGUGGCCACGGCAGCCACGACCACCACGACCACCACAGCUACGCGUGCUCCACGCCCAUGCACAACAGAUCCGCCACCAAGUCGAAGCACAAGAGCAGCUCGCACAGCGCCCAGCAGGACUCUCGAGAUCCCCAGGACCCCCGCCAUAGGCACACCCGUUCAAACCCGCCUUCGGAUGCAGACUACACCAAGUUGGCCAAAACAACGAGCCAGACCAGCAGCAUAGCGGGCCACCAGAGGGUCUCUCUUCGCCGAAGUACGGGCUUGCUGAACCUCUCCCUCGAGACAAGUCCCAGCACCCAACGCGUGAUAAACACUUCCUCCAAAAACGACGAGAUGCUGAAAAGCUUUAACGAGCUAACCUUUGACAACACCACCGCAGCUGCAGCCCCGGCUUCGUCCAUCUCAGCCACUACCUCAGCCCCUGGCUCGGCAUCCACGGUUAUUGCAACCCGGUCUUCCUCCGACUCUUCGAACCUGUCGGAUCUCCCGCUAUCCACCCAAUCCACACGGAGUAAAACAAACUAUAAACCAACAAGAGUGAAAUACUCGAGCAUAUUUGGCACCCACAAUAUUGCCAAUAACAACCACACUUGCACCAAUAGAAGAGGUUCAGACAUGCAGAAAAAGUUGGAAAGACAACUGGAACAUUAUAAAGACAAAAUUUCAAGCAAUGCGGCCUCCUCCAAUUUCGACGGUCACAUCCAGUCCGAAAGCUCACCCCCGAACAUAAAAGUACAAUCAGCAAAAAAAACCAAAUCGUUUACUUUGAACAAAUUCAUAAAUAACAACACCCCAUUUAAAUCAAAGUCGAAAAUCUCAGCCAGCCUCAACCUGGAUCAUGAUCUUGACUUAAUGGUGGAUGAUACCUCUCCUUCCAAACACGCAUAUAACAAGCCUGCGUCGAACAACGGCAGCAGCAAUGUGCUCUCGACCUCGAUGCCAAUGUCAAAUUCGAGCUCGCUAUCCAAUCGUCCGAUCACCACGGGCUCGCUUGCAAAUAACUACAUGAACUCCACCUCGAUGUCGGUAUCCUCCUCGAUCAAAACUAGCAACUCAAAUUCCAUGAUUCCGCCUUCGAAUUUGCAAUCCUCAAUCUCAAACACAAGCAACAACAUCAACACUUUUGCAGCCCCUUCAACGUUUAGUUCAGUGAAGCCACUUCAGACUGCAUUCAACUCGACGGGUCUUCAGAGUAAAAGUGGACUGACAACUUUCCGCCGUGCAAAGCAUACCGUUCCAGAAACACCAUGUAAAAAGCCCCCAAGAGUUGUUGAAAUAGAAAAAAUGAGAUCUUCUCACCAGAUCUCAGGAUCUACUUCUGCUCCGGCAACUGCAACUACAACUACGGCUGCACAUACGAUGACCAAUAUGACCAUUUCUUCUACUCCAUUAUCCAACAACACUUCCUUCAAUUCAACUGCAAAUGAAACGAGUUAUCUCAAAAACUUGUCUAAUAUUACUAACAACACGACCGUUUCAAAGCACAAUUUGUCGGGAUAUAAAUAUCCAGGUCCUUUCACGUCCAAUCAAUAUAAUCCACAACCUCAGGCUCCUGCUAUUAACACAUCAGAUCUACAACAAUGCCUACUGAAGUUUACUAAUGAAUUUGAUGAUCUAUACAACGAAGGUAAUAACAACCUUUCGAUAUUCACGGAUCAUCAAGAUUUGGCCGGCGCUGAGCAUUCAAAGAUCGACUUGUUGAAGAAGAUGAACGAUUCGAUAUCUGAUGAUGAGAUUGACAAUAAUGGCCGAAACGACGACGACGAUGAUGAUGAUGAUAUUAAGAUGUGGGAUGAGUCAGAAAAAAUUCCAAGCACUCCUCGAGAAAAAUCAAAUAUGGCGAUCAAUUUAUCAAGCGUGAAAAGUGUCAAGGAUAGCUCGGCCAUGAAUACUCCUGAGAGUUUCAACAGCGUUGGAAGCGUAGGGAGUAAUAGUAGUGGUGGGAAGUUAAAUGAUACUCCUACGAGACGUAUUGGAUUUUACAACAAGUUCAACAAUUUUGAUAACUACAACAACACCCAUGCUAACAGUAAUCUACCAAGCAGUGGUAGUAGUUACUGGCAACGCGCAAACUCUAGAAAUCCUUCAGUCCAAUCGUUGAACCCAAGAGUAUCCUCAUCAUCAAGCGUGAACUUGAUCAGAGAAAGUGGCAAUAAUAAUAAUAAUAACAACACUAGCAAUACCAUGGGCACCAAAAUACCGGUAUUUGCGCCUCCAAAUAUGCCUGCUUCCUUGCUAGUUGGAUUACCAAAGGAAGGUUCAAAUGGAAGAAACCAUCAUUCUCCACAUACACCGAUUGAAUCGACCUUUGGAAAAUCACCAAACAUGCAACAACAUGCAUUAAGCUUUUUGAACGAUGCUAGAAGUGGCUCUAUCUGCUCUACUUCUUCCCUAAUUUCCGAUAACAAUGGGCAAACGAACAUGAUGACAUCGACUCCUAUGGUUGGAAAUGAUAGUAAGAGUACUCUGAAGGACAUGUACUGUGCUAGCUCUGAUACAAUUGUGACGACUAAUUCAUUGACCACCCAUAACCCCGAAAUUGAUAACCAUUUACUUUCCAAAUUUGGGAACUGUGCGCUGUUGGGUAAAGGUGAAUUUUCUAUUGUUUACGAAGUUCAAUUUGAAAGCGUGAAAUAUGCUGUUAAAAGAACAAAGCAAAGAAUGCCAGGGCCUAAAACUAGACUAAGGAAACUAGAAGAGGUGAAGAUUUUAAAAGCCCUACGUAGGGUAGGCGAUGAUGAUGAGGAAGAUGGCAAUAUGGGCAGCUACAAUGACAAUAGUCGCCAGAUGAGCAUCUCAGGCAAUAGUGAUGGUGGAAAUGGUAAGGAAAAUGAAGAGCUUUUCGUCAAUGAUGGUGGGGAUUAUGUUCUCACGCUAAUUUCAGCGUGGGAAAUACAGAGCCACCUCUACAUUAUGACUGAUUAUUGUGAGAAUGGAUCACUAGAUCAAUUUUUAAUCAACCAGUGUGAACUUUCGAGAAGUCGGUUAGACGAAUGGAGAGUUUGGAAGAUACUGGUUGAGGUGAUGAUGGGUCUCAAAUGGAUUCAUUCGCAUGGGAUUUUGCACUUGGAUUUAAAACCGGCCAACAUUUUCAUUACGUUUGACGGCACACUCAAGAUUGGCGAUUUUGGGGUGGGCGUUAAGCUGCCUAUACCUGCGUUUUUCGAUCGUGAGGGGGACCGGGAGUACAUUGCUCCGGAGAUCAUAUCGAGACACGAGUACACGUUUGCUGCGGACAUAUUCAGUGUUGGAUUGAUUAUGGUUGAAGUUGCGGCGAACGUGAUUCUCCCGGACAACGGCACGCCUUGGCAGAAGUUGAGAUCUGGAGAUCUCACGGACGCGGGCAAGUUGAGCAGCAGCGAUCUCUCGGAGUGUGCCCGGUUUGUCAACCACAGCAACAGCGGCAGCAACAACAACAACAACAGCAGCAGCAGUGCCAGCGGGGUGCUCAACACCAACGGCGACAGCAUUUUCAGCGGCAACCUGGAGAGCGAGAGCACUACGAGGACGGAUCUCUCUGGGUCCGGGUCGCUGUACUCGUCGUACAUGAAGCCGGUGAACAGCAGUUUCAAAAACGGCAUGCUGACAGGCACAGGCAGCAGUGCGCAGAGGAGCAUCGUGAACACGAUGGACGACAGUCUGAGCAAGAAGAUCGAGUACUGGACGCCGUUCUGGUUCUACGACGGCAACUCGACGCUGGACAAGCUUGUGAGCUGGAUGAUCAACCCGACCCCGGAGGAGCGCCCCAGCAGCGAGCAAGUGUUGCAGAGCUGGGAGUGCGGGCUUGUGGAGCUGCGGCGCAAGAGCGGGGCCACCAUCUACGAGGGGGACUACGGCCCAGUGGUGAGCCGUGACGAGAUGGAAGCUGAGCGCCGCAUCUUGCAGACACGGGGAAGUUUCCGGCUGCGGGACGUUCUCCGCUGAGCCGCAGCGCCGCCGCCCCUGUGUAUGUAUAGAUUCCUACAGUAGAGUAUAGUAUAGUAUAGUAUAGUAUAGUUAAUAUGUAAACGUGUUACCACGAGCGG